AUAUAUGUAUUUUUUAUACAAAAACAGAUGAAUCAAAGAACUGGUUCUUCACAACGAGAGGCCUUGCUAAAAUCUUAUACACGAAGACUAAAAGAUGAUAUUAAUUCCAUUCUUGAUAAUUAUACAGAAAUAAUCAAGGCUGCAAAGGUCGAAGAGGAAACACAAGUUGCUAGGUUAACACAAUCUGUAGAAGAUGGAUAUGAAAUAGAUGUUCGCGCAUCCAAUGUGGUUCGAGCUGGGGAGUCACUCAUGAAAUUAAUAUCUGAUAUAAAAGAGUUUUUGAUUUUAAACGACUUUCCUGCUGUAAAUAUGAGUCUACAGAAGCGUUCACAACACCUAAAAACAAUAGAAGAUGAAACUAAGAAGAAACUUUGGCAGCUCCGUGAACAAAUAGGAAAUGAUUUAAAAGAAUUAGAACAAGAGUAUUAUCUCUCAAAGCACAAAUAGCACACAUAUGAUAAGACAUUAAAAAGAAUUUGGCACAAUGAACAGUAAUACUAUGAUGGCUCACUGUAGAAAAUGUAACACUACCAUCUACAGUAAAUGGUGAAUUUAUCUGUAACAGUUUUGUUCCUUUACAUGCUGUGUACAUAAAUUUGUAUUUGUAGCUUUGCAUUAAAGAGACAGUUCUGGUAUUCUCUUAAGUUGUAAUUUUUCAGCUUCAUGAUUUGUUUGACUUUGUAUUAUUUAUUAGACUUUCAAGCUGGUGAAUUUCUUAUUAAAUAA